AUUUUAGUAGUUGAAAGUUGGUGUGGAUUUCUUCAGAUGAGAUUGAGUGGUUAUUUCCCCAACGGCAGCAAAACCGUUCUUUUGUUGCGAGCUUCCCGGAGGAUAAUUGCAGCACCAACAAAUUAAUCAAUUUGUUGCAGAUAUUAUGCUGCCGUUGGUCUUUCAAUAUGCUGCCGUUGGUCUUUCAAUAUGCUGCCGUUGGUCUUUCAAGAUGCUGCCGCAGAUCUCCAUCAUGCUGCCAAGGUGCUAUAAAUACCUAAUUAUAAGAUCAAGCAAAGGAUCGACAUCUCACACAACAGACUCAGCACAACUUCUCUUUAUACUCAGAUUCAUCUUAGUUUCAAGCCCUUUAAUUUAAUUUUAGCUCUAUGCUUCAACCUAGAUUAGUUUAGCAAUUCGAUUCUUCUUUUGUCGAAUUUGUAAUGGUGAGUUUCGCUGCCUUCAGUAAUAUUUCUUUGUAAUUGGAUUGCUUCCUUUCCUUUAUAUUUGUUUUCCAGAUUUCCUUUAAUUUAAUCAAAUGAUGUCGACAUU